AAAAAAAUUAGUGAAUAAAGUAGGCCUUGGUUUUGGAAAAGUCUAAGCUGUAUGCUACAUUCAGUUGUUUGCUCUAGACGGAUUUCAGUCGUUAGUCGCACCUCAACCGUAUAAGUUUGAUUUUUUUUCCAAAUUCAACUUCACUAACGAUGGUUCAUCUGGUGCAGAGCAAGGAGGAUCUCGAUCAGCGGGUCCUCGAGGCCGGAGACAAGCUAAUCGUGAUCGACUUCUUUGCCAACUGGUGUGGGCCCUGCAAGAUAAUCAGCCCCAAGCUGGAGGAGCUGGCCCAGCAGUAUGCCGACAGCGCCGUUGUCCUCAAGGUGAACGUGGACGACAACGAGGACAUAACUAUCAAGUACAACGUGACCAGCAUGCCUACGUUCGUGUUUAUGAAGAACGGGGCCGUAGUCGACAUCUUCGCUGGCAGCAACUCCGACAAGCUGGCCAAGUCCAUGGAGAAGUAUGUGACCAACGUCUGCGAGUGCCAGUUGGAGUGCGACCAGCUCACCGACGAGCCGGGCCCUAGCGAGGGUGGGAGCGCUCAAUCAAUCAGCUCAAUCGAAUCGGGGACUGCCGAGGCUGAGGAUGCAGCUGCCGCCGACACCACCAACGAUGGCGCUAUCGAGGCCAUCGACCAGGAGGGUGUUCUGGAGAAUUAAACAACCUUACAAAGCCUUAGCCGCAGCCCCACACCACACAAAAGCACAGCAAAGUAAACACCAAACAAAAUCGACCAUGAGGCCAUCGACCAGCAAAAGGCUCCUGGAAAACGAUGGCACAUGAGCAGCAGAAAUGGGAUACGCAAACGGCAUAUACCAUUUUGUGUGACACUAAACAGCCAGCAAUGCAAAAACACAAGAAAACAAUCUAAGAAUCAACAACACAAACUAGAAAUGGUAACGAUUGGCGGCACAAUCAGCCAGCCAAAGAGCCAACAACAUAAAUUUGAAGUUAUUCUAAAACAUUAUUCGAUGCUAUCGACCAGCAAGGGCUGCCUGGUUUUCGAUAGCAAUCUGAUCAAUGGAGAUACACACGCUAUAAGUAAUGAUUAACCGACUGUCUAUAGGUGCAAUGACAGCCAGACGACAUGAAUUCCAUGCGUAAUUGAGCGGGGCUACCAAUUACGCAUGGUGCACCCCACACACUCACACACAUGUGUGUUAAUAACUGUUCUUAAAAACUAAACACUAAUUAACUUGCAAUAACCACAAAUUGUUGAAUUGUUAAUAAUGCUGACUAAACAUGAACACAUAUGGAGUAGAA